AUGGAAACUCCAAGUUUUAUUGGCCCGAUAAAAAAUGUCACGGUCGCAAUAGGCAGGGAAGCUGUUUUAAGCUGCCAAGUCACGGAAUUGGGACACUAUAAGGCCGGUCGAAAAGUAAUCCGGCAACAAUUAAACGUUAAAAUCUCUCCGGUUGGCCACUUGGCCCUCGGCUCGAGAGGCGGUGCAGCGCCCCACGGUGUGUUGGGCUCGAACUACGCCUUUCACGCCUCGAGUGCCCAGAGCACCAUAACGGCAUGUUGUUACAACAAUAAUUACGCCAAGGCCUUCCGAGUUUAUGUUACGAUAGAUUUAAGUGGUUUAUAA